AUGAAUACGAACCUAGCAAUAAGAGAAUCCAACUCUUCAAAGGAGAAGUCCCCCCUAGGUACGUGUAGUUUUUCUGAACUUGUCGAACUUUCCGAUUACUUAAUACCAAACAAGGAUAAUGAAAUAUCGUUGUUAACAAGUAAAUCCGAGUUCCCUGUUCAUAACGAAAAUGACAUGAACAUGUCAGGUAAAAAAAAAAAGUGUUUGGAAAAUUAUGAACCAGCUAGCCAAAAUGCACAAUUUUGUGAAAAAAAAAAAAAAGAAAUUGUGCAAAAUGAUAAAAAUUGUGAAAGGGAUAGCUAUUUAGAACAAAAAGAACAAAAUUUUAAUAAUUUUAGUAAAAAAAUUAAUGAUGAAGAAGACAACAACAUGGAAGAAACAAAAAAGACACUUAAAAAAAAUUUAGACAUACUGAAAUUACAUCAAAAUGAUCAAAUGCAUAUUUUAAAGAUAAAUGAAAACUAUUUGAAUAACGAAAGAGGUUGUGUAUCUCAUGGAAAUAAUUCCCCUCAAUGGGAAGGAAAUUCACUAAACCGAAGUACACAUGUAAAUAUUUCGCAGUUGAACGAACAAAAUAUGUUAACUCCAAAUGAUGAAAACAUACGUAACAUUUCAAGCAAUUCUACAAAUAUAGAUAGCUCAGAAAAUUUUGGAGUAAUAAUGAAGAAGGCAAAUAGUGCAGAGAAAGAAUACGAUUCUUAUUCCUUAUGCGCAAAAUAUGAACUAAGCAUAAAUAAUAGUAGAAAGUGUGAAUGCAACGAAAAUUGUAAAAAUGGUGCAGGAGUAAGUAGCGAAGUAAGAACAAAUGUGGACACUUCAUUUGAGCACGGGUCGAGCAAAUUAAAUUUUGCUGGGGGAAGUGCAAUGAAAAUGGAGAAUUAUGAAAAGGUGAAGGAUGGAGAAGAAAGAGAAGUAGAGAAGGAAGUGGCAAGGGAAGCAGAGAAGUGUGAAGAGAAUCAAAGCAAUGCUGAACCAUGCGAUGAAGAACCUAGUGAUGACAAACAAAGUGAUGACGAACCUAGCGAUGACGAACCUAGUGAUGACAAACAAAGUGAUGACGAACCUAGCGAUGACAAACAAAGUGAUGACGAACCUAGCGAUGACAAACAAAGUGAUGACGAACCUAGCGAUGACGAACCUAGCGAUGACGAACCUAGUGAUGACGAACCUAGCGAUGACGAACCUAGUGAUGACGAACCUAGCGAUGACGAACCUAGCGAUGAAAAAAAAAGCACUGUUCAUGUGGGGGGAAAAGAGUAUGAACAGUUAAGGAAAAAGGAAAAAUGUAUCAUGCAUGAUAACAUAAUGGAAGGAAAAAAAAAAAUCAUACCCAUAAACUGGACAAUUAAAAAAAAAAAUAUUCCUAAUAAAGAAUGUAUGAUUGCAGAAAAAAGCGAAGAUAAGAGAAGAAAUAAAAAAGAUUGUACUACUUUUAAAGAAAGGAAAGAAGAAAAUCCAAUAAAAAAUGAAGAGACGUCCAAGGAAAACACAAAUAAGUAUAAGGACAAUUUAAAUUUAUUUAACAAAGUUUUAAAAUAUAAAGAACAGUUAAAUAAUUUUCAUGAGAAAAAUCAAGAAGAAGAGGAGGAGGAGGAAGAAACUUAUUCAGGAAAUGUAAUUAAACAAGCAGAUAAUGCGUAUCAUGAAAAAAGUGUAAGGAAUAACAAUGUAGUUAAAAUGAAACAAAGUGAAAAUGAAAAUUUGUGGAAUAAUAAUUGUGCAUAUGCUCGAUCGUGUGCAGGAGAAUGCAAUGAUAAUAAAAUGCUUAUCAAAUCCAAUAAUAAUACAUACAGUUUACUCGGUAUGGGUAGGAAUACUGCAUCUAUGAGUAUCCCUCUUGUGAGCGGUUACACGAAAAAAGAGGAUGAGAUAAAGGGAUUAUCUGAUUUUCCAAAUUUUCAUAAUUCUCUCGGUUCACAGUGUGAUUGUUUAGACAAUAAUCAUGGAAUCUGUAGCUGUGAUGACAUUAACACUAAAGGAACUAGAAAUUGCGAAUUAAAGGAAAGAGGAAAUCAAGUCAAAUUGGAAAAAUCAUCGAUCAAAAGGAAUUUGAACCUACACAGCGUUUUACUUUUACAAAAUGAAAAAGUACAAAAUGUAGAGAUGAAAAUAAAUGUAAAAUUUAAAAAUAUUUAUUUUGUAAAAUAUAAAUGUGUUAAAUGUGUGGUGACCAAUAACUCUGGAGCAGUUGUUCAUUCAUUUACGUUUCGCAAAAAUGUGUUAGAUUUAGAUAAACAAAAUAAUUUUUUUAAAAUAUAUAAUAAAAACAAAGAAAAUGUUAAUUUAUUACUUUAUAAAGAUGUAAAUGUUCUUUUGGAAGAAAUGAAAAAAGUAGCAUACACAGAUGUUACAUUUCAACUUAAGUUUGAUGCUCAGGUCAUUAAUGGAAAGACAGAAAUAUCUCCAUCAUCGUUUUACAGGUUAAGCUUUUAUGGCAUCGAGGAAGUGUUUCAGAAGUUGGUGGAACUGGACUCUAAGACAUUGAAAAGUAAUAGAAGCAGUAGAAGUAAUAGAAGCAGUAGAAGCAAUGGAAGCAAUGGAAUCAAUAGAAGUAGUAGAAGCAAUGGAAGCAAUGGAAGCAAUGGAAUCAAUAGAAGUAGUAGAAGCAAUGGAAUCAAUGGAAUCAAUAGAAGUAGUAGAAGCAAUGGAAUCAAUAUAAUCAAUAGAAGCAAUGAAAAUUUAAAUAAAAAAAAAGAGGUUACCCAAUGUAGGGGUAGCGGAGGGAAGGUUACUAAUCGAGUGUAUAUUAAUCACAUCGAAAGGAAUAGAAAAGAGCUCGUUUACAAACGGGAAGAUGGUACACAAGAGAAGACAAGACAAGGGAAGACUAAAGAGGAGAAGACUAAAGAGGAGAAGACUAAAGAGGAGAAGACUAAAGAGGAGAAGGCUAAAGAAGAGAAGGUUAACAAAGCCAAGGUUAUCAAAGCCAAGGUUAGCGAGGCGAGGGCCAAACCCCAUAACAAGGUUUCUAGAAUCGCUUACGCAAAUCCUAAGAAAAGGGAAGAAAAGGAAAAAAACUCUUACAUAGGAUUUACUAUAUUACAUCUUAAGCACCUAUUCCAGAUGCAGGAAAAAGGAGGUGUUCAUUUAAAUAUUUCAAAUAAUAACAAUGAAGAAUUGGAUUUUGUAAAGAAUUAUAACAAGGAGGAUCAUACACACAACUUGCACAACAAAAUGGGUGAAAGUAUAUAUUCAAAUAAUUUAAGCUAUGUAGAAAAAAUUGAUGUGCUUUUUAAAGUUUUAUUCAGUUAUAGUUUGAAUGUAUCUACACAGAAAAUUUUCUUAGAAUAUCAAUUUAUGUCAAUGGAUGAGGAAGACGAGAAACAACAGCAGCUACAGGAGGAGACGGAUGAUGGCAUAAUGAAGAAAAGGGUUACCAAAAAACCAAUUGUAAAAAACGUAGAAUUUAAACAUGCAUUAGAAAUACUAAAAAAGAGUAAGAAUUCCAACCUUUGGGAUAUCAAAAAUGAAUUGGAAGAAUGUCUAAAGAAUUAUUUUAAAAAUUGUUCCCAAUCCAUCUAUGAUGAAAUUACAUUUUCCUUACUUGACAAACAGGAAAAUAAUGAACAGCCUAAAAUUGGGAAGAGGAAUAAAAAUGAUAAUAGAUGUGACAAAAAAAAUGUGAAAAAAAUGAUUACAUAUGAAAGAUUCCCCAAUUUAAAUUCUCCAAUCGGUGCAGUUAUUGAUAAUUCACUCAUGAAAAAAGUAAAUUCUUGCCAAAUGUACACUUCUAUGAGUGUAGAAGGAGGAAAAGUAUUAAAAGAUGAAAAUAAAGUUUGCAAUUGGUUCUACAUAAAUGAAGAAGAGAUGGAACAAUCUGUUCAUAGAAUUGCAAAUGCCUGUUUGGACGAUUCUCAUGAAAUAUCGAAAAAAUUAAAACCACAUUUAAUGAAUUUAUUAAAAUGGCUAGACACAAGGAAAGAAAAUGAAAAGAAAAUAGAAAAGCUACAAAAUAUUAUACUUAAAUACACGAAUGGAAUGAAUGAUUACUUAGAUUUCAUUGAAUUAAGUAAUAAUAAUAAGGAAUACAAAAUCUAUGAAGAAAAUAAGAAACUAAAAGAAUAUAUAAAGAACUGCAAUAAUUUUUUCAUAGAUACAUUGAUAAGGAACCAUCAGGAAAUACAAAAAUUGAAGCAUAGUAAUAAGACUGUCAAUAUUUUAUAUAAUAAGGAAAAAAUGAAUAAUCUCAGAAGGAAAGUUUCAAAAAGGAGUUUUUUUCCAAAUGGUUCUUAUGAUUCCUUAGAUGAGGUAGAAAAGUUGGAACAGUUAAAAGAUUUAGAUGAAUACAGAGGAUUAAAUGAGUUAGGUGAUAUAGAUAUGUUAGAAGAAGAAAAUGAUAUUUUUGCAAACAUAAUUAAUAGGCCUUCUUCCAGAAAAAGUUCUGUAACAAGUAAAGGAGAGAAAAAAGAUUUACAUUCUCAUGGUCACACUGCCUGUCGUAACAUAGGAAAGAAAAAUAGACAAUUCAGUGAGUACAAUCUAGAAAGAAAUCCAGCAUCGUUGUUUUCUAAAAAGGAAAAAAAUGUCUUAACCACAUCUAAUAAGAUAACUCAAAAGGUAUAUGAUGAUAAAAAAGUAAAAAUCCAUGAUAAUUUGUAUAGUAGGAUGGAGUGGAAAAAGAAAGGGAGUCUACUCAUGAGAGGAUUUCCUGCAAGCAACUCGUUAUCCAACAAUGAAUCUCGAAAAUUGAAUUCAUUUAGUAUGUUUAAUGUGGAGAGUGCGAAUAUUCUUAAUCUGCAUAGGAACAAUUCCAGAAACAAUGUCAGAAGGAGCGAUGGUGAUUAUUGCUCAAGGGUAUGUGGAAUAGAAAGCGAAUUUUUUAAUUCUUCCUAUUUUGAAAAUGAGAAGUUUCAUAGUUGGUGUGCUGGACAUUUGGAUAUGAAUUCACGUGGUACAUGCAGGCUAAAGGAACCGAAUGGAAGAAACAACUUUUUUAAGGUUUAUUCUAACCCAAUAGGAGCAGAAUCUAAUGCAUAUGCAUCUAAAAAGAAGGAAUUAGUUAAUACUAGCAUGAGAAAUAAUUUUCAAAAUAUAUUGAAAUCUUCAUGUGUGUACAAAGAAGAUAGAAGAAACAAAGUUGCAGAAACGAAAUCCAGCACAUUAAUACAUAAAUUGGUUAGAGACCAGGAUCAAGAUGUCAGCAUGAGUAACCACGUGGAGAUGAGUACUUCUUCUAAUUGUACAAAAUCUAGUAAUAAUGAAACAAAACAAGGAAAGCGCAUAUGUGUAUUAAAAAAAACUGAUAGUAAUAAGACGAUAAUGAGUAAUGAUGGUUGUAUAAAUGAAUCGUUUUAUGUUAAUAAGAGUAUUCAGAUGGGAGGGAAGGAUACCAAAAAUUGUGAAAAGUUGAGGAAUGGAUGGAACAAAGAACACACGAUUAUUACAGGAGGAGGCCUCUAUAGAGAGAAUCAUCGUCAAACGGAAAAAUCUUCAAACAGGGAUUUUAACAGAACAAAUAAUUCCACAAAGUUAAAAACUGAAAAAUGGGUUCAAGAUAAGAGACCCACAGCUAGAUGUAAUAACAAAGGAGAAGUAAAAAAUUUACACAGCAGGGAUAAACAAAAUGAAAAUAAGUCUAGGGAGAAAUUUCUUGGAAAAGCAAAAAAAAACAAUUACGACACAAGUGAGAUACUAAAGAAGGAAUAUUUUGUAAAUUCAGAAAUUGGGGAAAGGAAAAAUGAACGUAAUGUCCCAAAUUUGCAGAAUCUAAGAAAAGGAAAAAACGCGAAUAUCACCCAGAUAGCAAAUAAAAAAAAAAAUCCAAACGAUCAUGACAUCAGUAUGUUAAAGUUAUCAUAUACAGGUAUGAAUGAAAAUAUCACCUAUGGUAUGAAUUAUAAGCGUGAAAAAUCUGGGCGUGUCAUGUGUAAUGCUCCUAUCACUGGAGGGGAAAGUUUAAAAUGUGAAGAAGUGGUUAGAAGUGAAGAAGUGGUUAGAAGUGAAGAAGUGGUUAGAAGUGAAGAAGUGGUUAGAAGUGAAGAAGUGGUUAGAAGUGAAGAAGGGGUUAGAAGUGAAGAAGGGGUUAGAAGUGAAGAAGGGGUUAGAAGUGAAGAAGGGGUUAGAAGUGCAGAACAGAUUGGUCGUCUAGAGGGGAUAGACAAUAUUAACUAUAAAAAGAGAUACAUCGAAAAGGCAAUAUUUUCAUAUGAUGAUAAUAUUUCCACAAGGAAGGAAAAACCGAGUGAAGCAGGAAAAAUAUGCACAAUUAGAGGUUCUGGUGGUAAGAUUCUAACGCGAUUGGGAGAAACGAAUGAUUUUGCCAAAGUGUUAAAUUUCAGUAAUAUGAAAAAAGACAAUAGGGAUACCAAUACCAUCAAGGCCAUUAAGCAAAUCAUUGAUGAUAACAUUGUACAAAAAAAUAAUUUUCAUUUGAACAGUGUACGAAAAAAUAAUUUUCUCAAAAGUUUAGGUGAUAACAACAAUGUAAGCUCGACUAUUUACCUUAACGGAGAAGACAGAGCGGACGGAGGAGAAAAAGAAGAAGAAGAAAAAAAAAAAAAAAAAACACACAGUGAAAAUGUGACCAAUAGGAAGACUGCUGUUAAGGUUGACAAGAGACUUGCACAAAAUUCAAAGGAGGCUUACAUUUUAGACAUUAUAAAUAAAAACUUGAAUAGAUCCUUCAAUCAGUUAGAUAAAAUAAAAAAGAAAAUGAAAGAACACUUGGUUGUUUAA